UAACAAAAAUUUCUUAUAUGUUACGACAUAUAGAUAAAUUUAGAAUUGAAUUUAAAUGUAGUAUAUAUAACAUCUUUUUACAGAAUAAUAUAACUAAAAAUAUCGGACAUCAAACUUAUCUCUCUCUAUUACUUUUGCUUUGACAUGCCCUAUUAACAAAUAUAUUAGUAAGACAUAUUUAGUACAUAUAUAUUUCUCAUUUGCCACCCUACAACAUCCAACAUUCUAGCAUUUACCCUCCAUCAAAAACCAAGAAUUUAUUUAUAAACGUUUAUUAAAAAAUAAAAUAAAUCCCACUCUUGAUCACCUCUAACCCAUUUCAUUAACACCUCACCUCUCUUAGUAAACAUAUAAUUUUGUAUAAUCAAAGAACAAUGAGAGAAAUCCUCCAUAUUCAAGCAGGACAAUGUGGUAACCAAAUUGGUGCCCAAUUUUGGGAGGUGGUUUGUAAUGAGCAUGGCAUUGAUUUCAGCGGGAAAUACAUGGGCGAUUCGGCGUUGCAGCUCGAACGUUUCGAUGUAUACUACAAUGAGGUGAGUGGGGGCAGAUAUGUGCCUAGAGCUGUGAUGAUAGAUCUUGAACCAGGCACCAUGGAUGCCCUUAAAGCUAGUCCUUAUGGCAAUAUUUUUAGGCCUGAUAAUUUUGUUUUUGCACAAAAUGGUGCGGGUAAUAAUUGGGCUAAGGGACAUUAUACUGAAGGUGCUGAAUUGAUUGAUUCUGUUCUUGAUGUUGUUCGUAAAGAAGCUGAGAAUUCUGAUUCCUUGCAAGGUUUUCAACUAUGUCACUCCUUGGGAGGAGGAACAGGAUCAGGAAUGGGGACCUUGCUGCUAUCAAAGAUCAAGGAGGAGUAUCCUGACCGUAUGAUGAUGACCUUUUCGGUGUUUCCAUCACCUAAGGUGUCAGACACGGUGGUGGAGCCCUACAACGCUACGCUUUCUGUUCACCAGCUGGUGGAAAAUGCUGAUGAAUGUAUGGUGCUUGACAAUGAAGCCCUAUAUGACAUUUGCUUCCAAACUCUCAAGCUCACCAACCCUCGAUUCGGUGACCUGAACCACCUUAUAUCAGCAACAAUGAGCGGUGUAACAUGUUGUCUUCGUUUCCCCGGACAACUGAACUCUGAUCUCCGAAAGCUAGCAGUAAACUUGAUCCCCUUCCCUCGUCUCCACUUCUUCAUGGUCGGGUUUGCUCCCUUGACUUCCCUCGGCUCCCAGCAAUAUCGAUCCUUGUCCAUCCCCGAACUCACCCAACAAAUGUGGGACGCCAAGAACAUGAUGUGUGCAGCAGACCCUCGUCAUGGGAGGUACCUCACAGCAUCAGCAAUGUUCCGAGGCAAAAUGAGCACGAAAGAAGUAGACCAACAAAUAACUAAUGUUCAAAACAAGAAUACAUCUUACUUUGUCGAAUGGAUACCAAACAAUGUCAAGUCUAGUGUAUGUGACAUCCCACCCACUGGGCUUCCUAUGUCUUCGACUUUUAUAGGAAAUUCGACUUCUAUUCAAGAGAUGUUUAGAAGGGUUUCGGAACAGUUUACUGUCAUGUUUAGGAGGAAGGCUUUCUUGCAUUGGUACACCGGGGAAGGUAUGGAUGAAAUGGAGUUUACAGAGGCUGAGAGCAAUAUGAACGAUUUGGUGUCCGAGUAUCAGCAGCAUCAGGAAGCGGGUGUCGAACUCGAGGAAGAGUACGAGGAAGAAGAAGCUUAG